AUAAAUCACAAACGACCUUCUUAAAGCCCUGAGGUAAAACCCAUAAUUUUGUCCUGAACGUGGGCGGGUGUCCCUUUAGUCCGACUGUUCAGGCCGAGAUUGAGGUAUUAAUGAUGGCUGAGAGGUCGAGGAUGAAGCUUUCUCGAUGUCCAGUUAUGGCACUGACUGGCAGUCGAUCUUCGCGAUACAAGCGCGAGAGACCAGAGAACCAUACCGGAUUUCCUCACACCAGUACAUCUCUAGACGACUUCGGAAAUAUAGUUCUGGAAGAUUCAUUCCAAAGGGAGGUCGCAGAAAAGACGAAUGUGUACCUGAUAGGUAAACAGGAUGCGGAGAACGAGGUGUAUAUAGACCACGCGAUUGCGACGGAAGGGAGCAGAGACAAGGCCCUGUUGUAUAUUGUCGACGAACUAAAGAACGAGGAACGGGUACAAGUCCUUCUCAGCUGCCUAUUGAGUCGGGGCGCAAAUCCGUCGGCACAUAACGAUGAAGGGGAGACACCAUUACAUAUGGCCGUGAAGAACAAUUUCAAAGGAGUCUGUAAGAAACUUUUAGAGAACGGUGCCUGGCCAAGCGUCAGAAACAGAAGAGGGCAGCUACCAUUCUACACAGCUUUUGAUAACAGAAAUGAUGAAAUUGCGUCCAUGCUUAUACUUCACAUGAAGAACUAUGAGGUACGGGCGAUGUUUUCAAGUUCUGGACAAAAUAAAUCAGAAUUCAGCUUCCACGAUCUGCUACGAUCUGAAAAAAUGGAGAAAACAGUAAUGUCUGUCCUGAACUGUAUGAUAGAUCUGAUUGGUACAGACGGGAAAGCUAAUGUCUUCUUCCACGUUCUAGAGAGCGAUGAAAAUGGGCAUAGUCCAGUCCAUCAGAACUUCGAAAUAAAAGACAAAUCACCCUUCCAAAUAAUUGCAAAAAGCGAGAACAAGACGAUAGUUAACCACGACGUCAUGAGACUACUUAUACGAAGGAAAUGGAAACACUUCGCGAGAAUGCGCUUUCUUAUAAAUGCUGUCUUCUUCAUGUCCACGCUAUUUUGUGUGGCUUUCUCUGCCAUCACUGCGGCCAAGACUGCCAACCCCCUGGUAUAUGACGAUCACCUGGACAGGGCACGGGCAGUAUGUGAGGUUCUCAGUGUGAUCGCCGCCAUCAUAACGCUUUUCCAGGAAAUCCAUCAUAUAAUCAAACACAAACUUGAGUAUUUCAAAGAGAAAUUUAACUACCUGGAAUUGGCGUCAUCAUUGUUCCUACUUAUCCUGAUUCCGCUCCGCUUCACAAACAACAGCAACCAAUGGCAAAUACACUCUGUGGUAUUCCUCUUAUGGACUCUUCGUAUAUUCAAAUAUGCAUCGGUGUUCAGACAUACUGGAGCUUACGCGCAGAUCCUGGUUCGAGUAAUAAUGAAUGACUUCUUCCAGUUUAUGGUGGUAUUCGCUGUAUUUCUAAUGGUCUUCAGUGGGACGCUUCUCCUCGCCCUAAGAGGCGGCUCUCAAUCAGCCGUAAUAGAUGAUACAAGUUCGUUCUGGGCAAUCUUGUUUCUUGGCUUCCGGAUACUGAUAGAAUCAGAGAAGGUCAUAGAAUACACAAGCAUCGAUGGCUGGAGCUGUUUUGUCGUGGUGCUGUUCCUGUUUUGCUGUAUCGUGUUACUAUUAAACCUACUGAUCGCCCAGUUAAGUGACACAUACCAACAUAUACAGAAUGAUGCUCAAAGGGGACUGGAGGUCAACCGAGCUUGGAUCGUGGCCAGGAUAGAGCUCAGGAGCAUGUUAAUUAAACGUAAACUGAGAGUAAAGUUUUUCCAAAAGAAAAAAGAAGUGAAGGAUAUCCACAAAGUACUGGAAAAAUGGGAGUCACCUCCUUUACAAGAAAUGAACAAGAAUAUGCAAAAUAUCGACGAAUGCCUUGGAACUCAUAAACUUAAUCUGGUAUCGGUGUCAGCUCGCCUGGCGAGACAAGAGCGAACUCUCAUCAGAAUACAGGAAACGCUUGAUUCGCUAUCGAAGCGAAUGGUUCCCGAAUGGACAACUAACAAUAUCAACAAUGAAUUAUCUGUUAAUGAAGACGUCACUUCCUCGGGAAUCAAAGACAACAAGCACGUUCAGGAUGGCCAUUCGUCAACGAAAGUCAACGAAAACGACAAUGUUCAAAGUGAUACAGGAGAUGUAGAAAUCAAAGACACUGACCAAGUGACAUUUACGUUAUCAUCAACACCAUUGGCUGUCUAAAGAAUUGCCACCCUAGAAAUGGAGAGAGAGAGAGAGAGAGAGAGAGAGAGAGAGAGAGAGAGAGAGAGAGAGGUAUAUGUGCAUACUGCUUAUGUGAGUUAAAGAAAAGAAAGAAUAAAGGUCAAAGGUCUGGGAUUCAUUAAAAAAGUACAGCUUUUUGUAUAUUGUAAAUAUUAUAAUAUGACAGGUUAUAUUUCCAGGAUAGGUUUCCAAUCUCUCCAGUUAUUUUCAAGCUUUCAUCUUAUGUUGACGUUUUAUUUUACUGUUGCUUAUAUGUUCUGGACAAGUAAAUCGUUUUUGAUGACUUGAUAUGUGUAUUGAGACUCAAAGGGACUAGAAAUUAUAUUUGUUUUGAAAUGAAAAGUGCUAGUUACUGGAAUAGUGGUAACAAUUAUAGUAUUCUAAUAUUUUCUGACAUUUAUCAAUACACUGCAUCAAACUCAAA